AUGUCGUGGGAAGCGAACUCAACCAACUUGCCCCAUCUGAACAUCAAACUCAGUGAAGAGAUCGCAUACAUGUUCCGUCUGACCGAAAAACCAUAUAUGUUUGGAUUCUGUGUUGUGUUGGAUUUAGUCACCAUACUCUUACAGGGCUUCACUUGUUACGUUUUCUGGUGCGGUGGGUCUAGACUAUCCUACCCGACCACUAGACUUUUGUUCAACCAGAGUUUUGCUGAGCUUUGCGUCGUUCUGGGACACGCUCUCAACAUCUUGGCCCCGAGCCCGGUUGAUCUUCUACCGCCUACCAUAGCCUCUGAGGCCCUCUGUCGUUUAUGGCUGUCCAGGUUCCUCCUCUGGGGUUUAUACAGCGUUGCUCUGCACAGUCUCCUACUCUCAAGUUUUGAACGUUACCUAGCAACCGUGCAUCCGAUCAAACACAGGACCAGUUUCGGGACCUCACAGGCGACAACUGGCAUUGCUAUCGUUUGGGUGUACGGGUUUGCCUGGUCAUCAGUUCUGAUCGCCUAUACGACCAUCAAUCCAGAAACGGGUUUGUGCCACACUUCGGAAGGUCCAGUUGCGAUCCCGUUUGGGAUCGUACUUAGUCUGUGCGGUGUUUCUCUACCCGCUAUGCUUCUCAUGUUUUUCUUCUUCAGCAUUUUCUGGAGGCUCCGCAAGACCAGCUUGAAGAAAGGAAAAAUCCACGGAGCCGUGUUCCGAAAAGCGAAAAUUAACACUCUAGUCUCAAUGGCCAUUGUCUGCACCAACUACCAUUUGAUGUUUAUCCCCACGUAUGUGAUCUGCUUCUUCAAAAUAUUCACCGUUCUUGAAGACCCUGGGCCCGUGAUUGACAUCUCACUAAGGAUGUGUGUUGUCAUGCCGAUUAUUUGCGUGUUUUGUAACCCGUGGAUUUUCUACUUUAAGAACCCGGGGUUCCGCUAUGCUUUUAAGAAGGCUUACCUCUCCGUUCGUAAAAAGUUUAAGAAUGAAGUUGACGUUGUUGCAUAA